ACAACUUGAUACAUUUUUUACACCUUAUAAAAUACAACCUCUGAUUAUUUCUAAUGAGCCAGAGUGUAUAUUACAUUUCUCUAUUUGAAAGGCUUGCCUUGGUAACAGAUCAGUACAGGAUUUAACUCAGGAUCAUGUAGUCUGGCAGUAAUCACAGCUCAGUGUUAGACUUAAAGCAUCAAAGGCCUUACCUCUUUUAUCUGAUACAGUUAGACUGAACUCUGUUUACUUAACCAUAUUGUACUACAGUUACUAUUAUCCCUCGUUUGGUGUGUGGUAUAUCUUUAUUUAUUUUUAUUGCAAUCUGGGCGUACAGCCAAAAUAAACGCAAUCCAAAACGCAAGUACAAUAAAAACAAAGCAGGGUAAAUAGAGUCACAGGAAAAGAAAGUCAAACAUUUACUACUUCUAGUAUCAUCAACACAAAGCAUAAAGGCUCUAGCUUUCACCAGGAUUCAAAAUAAUCUAAAUCUAACCCACAAGGGACAAAAUCCAUAGAUUAAAAAUAUCAAUUAUAGCCUAAUAUCUGUUCCGGGCAGAGAGCCUGCUAGCUUAAAUAGCUAGCAGACACUUAGCUAAGAAAAACAUCCAUCUAUGCACCGUUUGUCCGCCAGGGCUGUGGGGUAGCUGGUGCGUGUCUCCAGCGGUCAUUGGGUUUCAGGUGGGGUCAGUUCUGGACAGAUGGCCAGUCCAACACAGGGCAACACAGAGGUCUGUUAAAAGGCACCUGGUAAUAAAUAUUAAAAGACUGAUAAUUAUCGAUUAUGUUCACGUUGUAUUUUAAGGCCUAGAAAUAAACGGUCCAAUGAAUGAGUCACAGAUGUGAUCUACAUGUUGCGGAUUUGAUGACAAAAUGUUUAUUUGUGACUGCAGAGUCUCUCUGCCUCAUUCAUUAAUUAUUUAAUCCUAAAUGGGUUGGACAGAAACUUUCCUCCAAUUCAGAAGUGGGGCAGCUAUUCGAUUCCCUGAUCAGGGUAAUAGGGUACCAGAGCUCAUUUUAGCUUCCAUACAGUCUGAAGUGAAGCAAAGUUGCCUAAAAGUUGGCAUUAGGUAAAAUACAUUAUGUUCAAUAAUUCAGAAUCUGCCAGUAUUCAGUGUUCUUCAUUUUGAAUAUGCUUCUAAGGUUUUGUACACAGAUAACUGGGUCUUUAUAAAAACAAAUAUCUCCGUCACAUUGAUUUAAAAAGUAACAUUGUACACAGGAUCGCUUUCAGAAAAGUUUAUAUCCACAGGAACCCACACAAAUCCACCCUUCAGUGUUGCUUUAAACAUGCCAAACCCAUAGGGGGCAGUGUAGUGCCAAACUAAAACCUGUCAGUCAAUCAGAUUGCUUCAAAAGAACCACAACUUCUUGUUAGAGAUUAAAUGUAGUGCCAGGUGCAUUUGUGUGGACAGAUAUAUAGGUUGAACUACUUUUAAUUAGCAUAUUAGAAUCUAAAAUAAUAAUAAUAAUAAAAUACAAGAUAAUGUCGAUUGGGAAUCAUAUCAAAUUAAGUAUGUGGCUAUAUUAGCGCAUUAUUUAUCCCAGACUAAUGUGCGGGAUCCUGAUUGUUUGUACACAUGCAAACACAAUUAGAGAGUUUUCUCAAAUCUUCAUUUUGGUUGGAGUUUUCAUAAGUCAUCGUUUUCAGUGAUAUAAAACAGUUUUCAUGUGGACGAAAGGCCAAAACGCAUAAAAAUGCAUUCUUUCCCCCAGGUAUCUGGCUAUGUGUGGACUAGGCCUGAGUCAUGAUGUUUUACUUUGCAGUUUCACAAAUCUUGCAUGUCUUUCAUCUGCAGGUGAACAAGGCAAAAAUGUCCAGAAAAACAGCACUGCCCACAUCUGCAGGCAAAAAGCUUGUUUCGGAAGAAAUCAGAGAUUACUUUACUGUUUUGGAUGUCAUUUACGCAGAUCAGUUUGUAGAAGAGACCAUAGACCAAGAAACUGCUGAACAAGCAGAAGAGAAGUUUCUCAGAGGAGCACCACCUGAAUGGUUAAACUUUCACAUCAGUGAUCUGGCUGAGUCAAAUGGCGCGGGAUCUUCAUUCAUCAAACGAGAUGGGUAUGAGAGACUUGUGCAGCAGAUUCACAAACGGAGAAACUACAUCGGAACACCAACGGUUAAACUGCUUCACCAGCAAGGAUGUGGGGGAACCACACUGGCCAUGCAAGUAUUAUGGGACAUGAGAAAAACCCUCAGAUGUGCUGUCUUAAUGGGUUCCCCUCUAGAGUGCACAAAGAUUGCAAAGGAAGUUGUUCACCUUUUUACAGGAGGCAGCAAAGAUGACCUCAACACUGUGCUGCUCUUGAUAAAUGAGGAGUUCAUUUUGGAGCAUCUUCAAGACAGCAUCAUGACAGAGAUUGAAGAACAGCAGAUAGACAUUGAUAUUCCUGUGGUAAUUUUAUUCAUCUGUGUGAGAAGUGACCACGCCGUCCUCAAAACCGAACACUACAGAGAACAAGAGGGGUUCAUGAAGGCUCAUGACACUGACUACGUCACCCUCAAAAGGACCCUCUCAGAUACUGAAAAGGAAGAACUGGAUACCAAAAAGGAAGAGCUCAGCCAAAAAUAUGGAGCCAAAGCCUCCCAGUUCCAUGGUUUCAACAUACUGCACAGUAAUUUCUCACGGGAUUAUAUACAAGAAGCAUGUGCUGUCCUUAACAUGGUUGAAAGGAAAAAGAAACCCUUGAAGACCCAACUUUUGUCCUUCCUGUCCUUGCUGAAUGCCUAUGUACCAGGCUCCUACCUACUAGAGUCUGACUGCUUAGACUUCCUCAGACAUGACAACUCCCUGCAGGGUGACCUUUCAGUGGUGACCCGAAAGCAGCCUUUCAGUCAUCUCAUUAUCUCUUUUCAACAUGACAAAAGGUGUGAGAAAAGAAUCCGGAUGGCUCAUCCAAUGAUUGCAAAGCAUUGCACUGAACUACUGGCUAUUGCAGGAGUGGCCAGAAGUGACACGGCAAGAGACUUCUUGCUCCAAUUUUGUCCAGAUGAGGUCUCUCCAUGUUUGCUUGGCUUCAUCAAGGACUUGCUGACAAAACGAGAGCAUAAAAAGGAUGGGUCGAUCGAAGAUUCGGAUCUGGAGAAAUUUUCUACUCUGAUUUUACACAUUAACGAGGUAGAAGACAAAAACCAGAGUGCAUUGGUUCUCAAGGUGGCAUCAGAGAAGUUUGAUAAGAACUCUUUGUUCCCCCAGGCACUUGCUAGGCUUUGUUAUGGAGAACUUGAAGACUUCAAAGAGGCUGAAUUUUGGGCAAAAAAGGCAAUAGAACGAGACCCCAAAAAAUCCUUUAUUGCCGACACGUUGGGCCAAGUUCAUAAAAACCAUCUGAGGAACAAAAGGUUUUCAAUUGAACCAAGAGAACUGUUGCAGUUGGCCCAGAAGGCCAUUGAAGCUUUUGAGCAUGAAGAAAAACUUGCUGAAGAAGAACACAGGAAAAGUUUGACAGAAGAUGAGAAAUCUAAAGUCCUGUGGGGUUUAAACACCAGAGGGCAGUUUGGUUUCCUGCAGGUCUGUAACAUUCUCUUUGACCUACUCGUCUUCCAAAAUGAGACAUGGAAGGAAGUGCUUACAAAAAGUGUGCCGAUGGGCUCAGUCCUGGAAUCACUUGGAGAUACCAAACUCUUUAGGUUCAGGGACCUCGUAGAGAAUCUCAGGGAGAAAGUUGAGAAAAAAAUGGAAUUCUUUGACAACUUUCUCACUUAUUCACAGUCUGUCCUGAGAAAAGACAAAGCUUAUGUUUCUAGAGAAGCUUCAGCAUGCUACAAAAAGUAUGUUGGAGACUCUGUCCCUGAACACAAUGACAGACUCCAACAGACUUUCCAAAAACUGAAACAGAAACUGGCCAUCACCUCUGCUGGGGUCCUCUCAUGUCUAGACCGAACAUGCACAUCACACAUUGAAUAUAUCAUAGAGUGGUGGAGGGAAAUUUCACAAGGAAAUAAUUCCACUACUGAGGCUUUUGUCAACUUUAUCCUUGCGCAGAUCAUGCUUUCAAACAAAAACAAGGCUAUAUCCAGUUCUGAUUAUAAAAAUGCUUUAAAACUAAAAAAGCCACCGUCCUCUGUCACACAAGCAGAGUAUCACCUUCUAUCUCUGCUUCUGUCUUGGCCUACAAAUGAUGAAGACAAACCAGCUCCCCAUCUCUAUCAGUUAAUAAAAAAUGCAAGUCAUGCUUAUGAGCGAGAAUACAAGACGAUGUUUCGAUCAAGAUAUCUCCGACCUCUGUUUUUUCUUGGACCAGGCAUAAGCUUGAAGAGAUUUGUUCACCGACGGGUUCUUGAGAUCUUGUGGACCAAAGAUGCACUACAAGAAUCAAACACAAACUGGAAGAAUGAGAGUAUCUUCAGGGAUUCCAUAGUUGAAGAACAUCUUCUCAAAGUUGAAGGAGUGGUGCGAAACUACGGAGUCUAUGCAAGAUUCAGAGGCACUGAAGUUGAGGUAGAUGCAAACCGAAGGGACUGUCUCUGUAGAUCAGGUCAUGUCUCCUUCUACCUGGGAUUUACCAUCAAAGGUCCAGUAGCCUUCAGCAUUCGGAGAAAAUUACUGGUCACCGAGGGGGCCCAAAAAAUGAAAACCCCUGAUCACGCAGAAGCAAGCAGCAAUGGAAUGACGGAAACAGGAAAGAAGCAAGGUGCUGAUGUGGCCUAGUUAAAGACCAGAGAUGAGACUGAAAGAACUGCUGUGGGGACAAAGUCCAAGAUCUGCGGAUGAAUGGACACAAAGUUAGAGAGAAGAGCGUGAAUACAUUUCACCAUUACUUUACAUGGCACUACGAUGAUGUCUCUUAUAUGUGGUUAUGUAAUGCACUGAGUUUUGUAUUGUUUGUGAUUUGUGUUUUUGUGAACAUUACACUACAUGUCAUGAUUUAGCUUCAAUGAAAAACUUUAAAAAACGUUAUUAAAUGUAUUUUUUAUCACCAUAGGGUAAAAAGGGGUACUUGCUUUUUAUUUUGUCUUAAGUUUAUUUCCUGUGCACAACUGCCGUUUCAUCAAAUGUUCAGUAUUAAUCAUUUCUUUAAUGUUUUGUAUUUAGUUUUUUUUGUUGUUUUUUUUUUUACAAAAUCAAUGUGAAUUUUUGUUAAAUUUGUUUCACUCGUUUAAAAUAGUUUUUCACACAAAGUUAAAGAAACAAACAAUGUAUAAGAAUGAAAGCAGGCAUUUUAAUAAUUUAAGCAGUAUUCAUUUCUUCUGUGAAAAAGGAAAGUUUUCACCAGCCACUAGAGCAGCAGGUCAGAUUUGCUGCUACCGUUACCGUAGCAACACAGCGCUCCGCUCCGUAAUGAGCUGCUACCGUUACCGCUCAUUCAAACUUAAGAUUAAUUUCUCCAGAAAAGCGAGUGAAUUGAAAACACUCAUUUAAUGUACGCUGUAACCUGCAUGUCUUUAAUAUGUGAUAGAGUACACUAAUAAAAGUGUGAAAGAUAAA